AUUCAAACGCUCCAAAUCGCUUCGAUUAUUUUAUGCACAAUUUAUCGCAUGUUCAUUAUUGUGAAUAAUGAUGUGAACGAAACGGAGACAUCGUUGUCGCCAUCUGACUUUGUCGCUGCACCGUUUAAAGAGGUCGAUUUAUCGCUGAUGGGAUUCGCAACGAAACGCGAUCCAACCAUGGGCAACAAAUCAGAAGGUGAUAUUGCUAUUGAAAAUAUCACUGAAUUCGUUGAAGCAAACAAUCAGUUCGGUCGUAAUGCAAUUCGUGAUGUAUACAGUCGAUGGCCGGACGGAGUGAUACCAUAUACGCUAAGUUCGCGUUACGGAUCGUAUGCACGAUCGGUGAUAGCGAAGGCGAUGCAAAUAUAUCACGAGAAAACGUGCAUUAAGUUCGUGCCUCGCGAUCCAUUGACUGAUCGCGAUUACUUAUACCUACAGCCAGAUGACGGCUGCUAUUCACAAGUGGGUCGUAUUCGUGGUAGGCAGAUUGUCUCAUUGGACGGAGGCUGCAUGAAAACCGGAACCAUCCUACAUGAGCUUAUGCACGCGAUUGGAUUCUUCCACGAGCAUUCCAGGGCCGAUCGUGAUAAGUAUAUUGAUAUAGUAUGGCACAAUGUGGAGGAUGGUGCGGAUGAUCAAUUUCUGAAGUACAGUCUUCGAUUAAUUGAUCAUUUGAAUGAACCAUACGAUUACUCGUCCAUCUUGCACUAUGGACCAGAUGCGUUCAGUAAAAAUGGUCAGCGAACGAUUGUCGCACGCAAGAACACUUGGUCGGGGAAGAUGAAGAAAUUCUGGAGUAUUGACAGAAAUGGCUUGAGUAUGCUGGUCCAAAUCUACGGUGAAGAUUCUGAAACCUCUCCAAAGACGCACACAUCCUUCUGUUAUUUCACUCCGAUCAAUGAAGUUGUCCUAAACCUCUGCGGAUAA